UCCAGCAGACAAAUGCAGUAAAUCUAAGGGGCAAACAAUGUCUGGUGCCUUAUUGAAGUGCCUCGGCUUGGCGCUCUUUAUCAGCGUGCACAGGCUCCUGGCAGACUCCUUGGUAAACCCCCAACUUGUGGAGGCUGAUGAAUCCGAUGACAGCGCUUCAAGUCUGACCUUUGUGUUCGAUGUUACCGGCUCCAUGUACGACGAUCUGAAACAGGUGAUUGAGGGAGCAUCACGGAUCCUGGAGAAGACCCUCAGCCGGAGGACCAGACCCAUCAAAAACUUUGUCCUGGUUCCCUUCCAUGAUCCAGAUAUUGGCCCUGUGUCUAUCACCACUGAUCCAAAGAAGUUCCAACAGGAUCUGCAAGAACUGUUUGUCCAGGGUGGGGGCGACUGCCCUGAGAUGAGUAUAGGAGCUAUAAAGAAAGCCUUGGAGGUCUCCCUGCCUGGAUCCUUCAUCUAUGUCUUUACUGAUGCCAGGGCCAAAGAUUACCGCCUGAAAAGGGAUGUUCUACGGCUGGUGCAGCUCCGUCAAUCACAGGUUGUAUUUGUGUUGACUGGGGACUGCGGGGACCGCUCCCAGCCUGGUUACAGGGCGUAUGAGGAGAUUGCCGCCACCUCCUCAGGACAGAUCUUUCAUUUGGACAAGCAGCAGGUUAACGAGGUUUUGAAGUGGGUAGAGGAGACAGUUCAGGCCAUGAAAGUCCACCUGCUAUCCUCCAACCAUGACAGCGCUCAGGAAAACAAAUGGGAAGUGCCCUUUGACCCCAGCCUCAGAGAGGUCACUGUGUCACUCAGUGGACUGGCGCCACAAAUUGAGCUGAGCGAUCCCUUUGGUCGGGUAGUUGGUGUACAGCAGGGCCUGAAAGAGCUGUUAAAUAUUCCUAACUCCGCUCGUGUCAUCAACCUUAAGUUUCCCAGACCUGGUGCCUGGAACCUCAAGGUAAGCUGCAGCGGGCGUCAUACUCUGAGGGUUACAGGGGUCAGCAAUCUAGACUUCCGGGCCGGCUUUUCCACUGUGCCUGUUUCAGAGUUCAACCACACCAGAGAGAGACCAAUUAAAGGACUUCCAGCCCAUGUAAUGCUAAAAUGUUCAGGCCUGAAGCCUCCAGGUUAUUUGAGCCACGUGGAGCUCAUGUCAGGCUCAGGCCGCUCUUUACGCACAAUCCCUGUACCUCUGCCUUCUGAUCUUGGCCAACAAGGGUUGUGGAGUCUCCCGGAAUUCCACACACCUCAGCAGAGCUUCUUCAUAAAGGUAACGGGCAAAGAUGAGGAGGGCUUCCGCUUCCAGAGGCUGUCCAGUGUCUCUUACACCAACAUCAUUCCAGAUCCCCCAGUUGCGAGAAUGCCUGAUGUGGUGAAAGGAUUUUACAUGCAGCCAGCUGUGAUUGGCUGCUCAGUGCAGAGUGACAUUCCCUACAGGCUAAGAUUCACAAGAAGUGGGAUUACACUGGGAGAAGAGAAGCUCUUUCAGAAUUCUGCUGUAGCAUCAUGGGAGAUUACCCAAGCAUCAGGUGAUGAUGAAGGUGUAUAUGAGUGCAUUGCACAGAGCAGCGUAGGACAGGGACGGGCUGUAACGCAGCUUACUGUUCGAGAGCCACCUCCGGUCUUGAAGCCUCCAGUGAAUGUGACUUCCUCUGUGGGAGGUGUGGCUGUUCUAUCCUGUAAGGUGGAAGGCACCAUGCGCCAUAACUUGACAUGGCAUCGAGCGGGCCAUACCAUUCGGGCCCGCGCAGGGAGGGUUAAGCUGCUCUCUGACUCGUCUCUGCAGAUCAUUGGAGUUCGGACUCAGGAUGCUGGAGAGUACCAUUGUUUGGCUGCCAAUGCUCAUGGAGACAGCAGAAUCAAAGUGUGGCUUUUUGUCUCAGAGGCUCCUUCUGUAGUAGUUCACCCCCAGACCCAGGCGUUUUCCCAAGGGGAUGAGAUCCGCUUGGUCUGCUCGGCGUCCGGCUCCCCCCCUCCCCAGCUCUUCUGGAGCCAUGGAAACAUGUUCCUAACUAAUCGGCUGAGGUUGAGUCUAAACCAGCAAGGGGUUUUGACCAUUAGAGGGGCUCUCCCAGAAGAUGCUGGGAACUACACUUGUCUGGCAACCAAUGAGGCUGGCGCUGCCUCUCAGUCGGUGUUGCUAACUUAUGCAGAGGUGCCAAAAAUAACAGUGGCACAGCAGGUGGUUUUAGUAUCUGUUGGUGGUGAUGCAACUCUGGAGUGUCGAGCGACAGGUGUUCCUCCUCCCCUUGUCCACUGGUUCAAAGGUGAGCUUGAGGUUGGCUCUGCUCCAUUUGUAGAGCAGGAUGUGCACCGCGGGACUUUGCACAUUCGGGGGGUUCAGGAGGUCGACGCCGGUCAGUAUAGUUGUGUGGCGAGCAGCUCUGCUGGAACUUCCACUGGCAUUGUCAAUCUUGAGGUUGGAGCGGGCCCAUUGUUCACUGAGGCACCAACUGAUGUGACUGCCAACGUUGGAGAGAACAUCACCCUCCCCUGCAUUGCCCGCGGUUUCCCGCAGCCCACAGUGACCUGGCGCAGACAAGACGGCAGGAAGAUUCUUGCAAGGACAGACAGCCACAGCAGAACAAUGCAGAUGGAGAAUGGAGCUCUUCUAAUUCAUAGUGUCUGGCUGGAUGAUGAAGGGCUAUACAUCUGCGAGGCCAGGAACCAAUUUGGGAGCAUCAAAACUGAGGCCAGAGUUAGUGUCACUGGACUGGAACCUCCAGUCUUGGCCCAAGCUCCCCCAGUGAUCACCUCUGGCACCGGUCUGUCCCUUAGCAUCCCUUGCAUGCUGUUGGAUGGAAUACCUCUUCCAGAGAGACACUGGUCCCAUAACGGGAAACCUGUUCAGGUGAGUAGGAGGAUGUUUCUGAGGAGUGAUGGCAGUUUGUACAUUGAAAGAACCAUCGCAGAAGACAGUGGAACAUAUGUCUGCACUGCAGUGAAUGCAGCUGGCUCCACAAGCAUCACAAUAAGCCUGGAGGUCCACGUGCCCCCAGAGAUUAAUGCUGGUCCAUACCACUACAUAACCAACGAGGGAGUAGCCAUCACACUGUCAUGUGAGGCCAGUGGAGUUCCCAAGCCAGAAGUUGUCUGGUCCAAGGGGAGGCAGCCUCUGUCCAGGGACGGCUCAUCUCUUCAGACUAACUCUGAUGGAUACCUCCAGAUUCUCAAUCCUACUGCUGAUGAUGCAGGCAUCUACAUCUGCACUGCCACUAGUCCUGUGGGCUACGCUAGCCGAGAAAUCCAGCUUAGUAUUAACACCAUGCCAAAGAUAAUGGGCGUAAAUGGUCAUGACAACACAGUAGACAUGGUUGCAGAGGUGGGGACAGAGGUUGUUCUCCCCUGUGAGGCCCUGGGAAAUCCUUCUCCACUAGUCACAUGGAGCCGAAAUGGGUAUCCCAUCCCCCCCGUAACAGCUGGGUUCACAGUUUUGCCUUCAGGCUCUCUGAGGAUCACUGAUGUGCACCUGAUUGAUAGUAAACUGUACACCUGCACUGCAGAAAACCCAGCAGGCAAUGUGUCUCUAAGCUACAAUUUACACAUUCAAGUUAAGCCCAGGAUUCAAUCUGCACCCUCCCUCCUAAAAGCCCUGCUUGGCCAAACAGUGACUCUGCCUUGUGUCGUUCAGGGUGAGCCGAGCCCUGAGAUCAGUUGGUUUCAUAAUGGACAGCCUGUUGGUGUAAAGAACGUUGCACCCCUGCAGAUCCAGCAGGUCAGCCUCGCUGACCAGGGCACUUACCAAUGUGUGGCCAAGAAUGAUGCCGGACAUGCGACUUUGGAAAUCAAGCUUGAAAUUCUUGAGGCUCCGAACUUUGCAGAACCUGGAGAUACCAUCAUGGAGAAAGUAGCAAACAGCAAGGUCAUCAUCCCUUGCCGUGCUGAAGGUUCACCUCGUCCCAAAGUACGCUGGUUCAAAAAUGGCCUUGAGAUAUACCCCGAACACUCCGAGUUUUCUGUGGCGAGGGAUGGAGCUCUUGUAAUUAGCACAGCUUCUGCCAGCCACAGUGGGGACUUCAAGUGUGUGGCAACCAAUGAGGCAGGCUCUGUAGAGAGAAAGACUAGGCUUAAAGUAAAUGUUCCUCCAGAGAUCCAGGAUGAUGGCCAGCAGCUGAACCUCACCGUCACCUUGAAGCAGCCUCUCACUUUGGGAUGUGAUGCCUUUGGAAUUCCCUCUCCAUCAAUAACCUGGACUAAAGAUGGUCACCCUGUGGACAGCCCUGGGGUGUAUCUUCAGAAUGGAAAUAGGCUGCUCAGAAUCUACAGAGUUCAACCUGAACAUGCAGGACAAUUUGCCUGUGCAGCUCAAAACUCAGCUGGAGAGGCUCGGAGAGAGUACAACAUAGUGGUGCAAGCUCCACCAGUCAUUUCAGGAACAUCUCGACUGCAGGAGUUAACUGCAGUGCAGGGCCAGGAAGUGGAGUUCCAGUGUCAAGUUAGUGGAAGGCCAGCGCCGAGAGUGGAAUGGAGUCACGAUGGAGAAGUCCUUUCCCGUAAAGGAGACCCUCAUGUGGAGUUUUUAGAAGAUGGUCAGGUCGUGAAAGUGAAAUCCGUACGACUAAGGGACCAGGGGCUUUACCAGUGUCUGGCCAGGAACAGCGCAGGAACUCAGAUGCGCCAGUUCAGGCUCACAGUACAAGCUCCCCCCACCAUCAAGGGGGUGAAUGACAUCUCAGAGGUGUCAGUGGUACUAGGCUUCCCCACAGUCCUUCCUUGUGAUGCUGAGGGCUCACCUACACCCAGUAUCACAUGGCUAAAGGACAAUCAGCCCAUCGUGUCCACUCCCCAGCUGACGUACACCCGCGGUGGGCAGGCUCUCAGACUGGGCUCAGCACGGGGAGACAGCAGUGGCCUCUAUACCUGCAGAGCCACAAAUCCAGCUGGUACAGCGAUCAAGCGCUAUUCUCUCAUCGUCCUGGUCCCACCACAGAUAGAAGGGGACUCUUCAUCUGUCACACUUGCUGGUCAGGAACAGAAAGUGAGGAUAAAUGGAAGUCUGACUCUGUCCUGUUUGGCCAAAGGUUUCCCUGAGCCCAAAGUUAACUGGUUCAAAGACGGCCAGUUGCUGAAUGGAAACUCCCAUGCUGGCAUUCAGGAGAGGGGCCAUAUCCUCCACAUAGAAAAUGCUAUGCUGUCUCAUGAGGGACAGUACACCUGUGUGGUCACCAACUCUGCAGGAGAGGCCACAAGAGACUUUCAUAUCAAAAUUCAAGUUCCUCCAAUCUUCCAGCGGGUGGCUAACAGGGAAGCAGCUUGGGGUCUAGGACAUGAAGGUGAUGAUUACAAUGAGGACAUGGUAGAAAAGCGAGAGGUCGUCCUGGGGCAUUCAGUCAGCCUGUCUUGUGAGAGUAAUGCCAUUCCCCCACCCAAACUCAGCUGGUACAAGGAUGGUCGAAAACUCACCUCUGCUGAUGGACUGGUGCUACUUCCAGGGGGACAGGUGCUUCAGAUCCCCAGAGUACAUCAGGAGGAUACUGGAAAGUAUACAUGCCAGGCUGUUAAUGAGGCAGGGGAGGACCACAUGCAUUUUGAACUGGAGAUUCUUAUUCCUCCUGUUAUUACGGGAGCAUCAGAAGAGUUUAUGGAAGAAAUGGGGGCUGUUGUCAACAGCACUGUGAUUCUGCACUGUGAUGUGACUGGACAUCCAGCUCCAGUCAUCUCCUGGCUGAGAGAUGGGCAGCCAGUGCACACAGAUUCACAGCAUCAUGUCAGUGAGGACGGGACACAACUCCAGAUCCUCAGCGUCCAGGUUUCAGACAUGGCUGGGUAUUUGUGUGUAGCUGAGAAUAAGGUUGGAACGGUGGAAAAGCUCUUCAGUCUGUCUGUGCAAGUGCCUCCUAAAAUAAAUGGGCCAAAGGAAGAGGAGGUUAGUGUAAUUGAGGGACACAUGGUGUCAUUGCUGUGUGAUGUCCAAGCAUACCCUCCACCAGAAAUCACAUGGACCAGAGACGGGCAGGUGCUCCAUUUCAGCGCUGGUAUUCAUAUUCUACCAGGCGGUCAGAUGUUACAGUUGUCUCGGGCAACACUUGAAGAUGCAGGGCAAUAUGUGUGCACAGCCAGCAACUCAGCAGGGCAGGACCAGAAGAGCAUCCUCCUCAGCGUUUAUGUUUUGCCCACCAUGAAGCCUCGCCAUGAUGUCCAGUCAGACGUGGUGACCCCUCAGGUUGGCUCCUCAGUCAUCUUGCAAUGUGAAGCCCACGGGGUUCCUGAGCCAGAGGUUACAUGGUACAAGAAUGGGCUGCAACUGGCUGCAGGGAAUGGACUGAAGAUAGAUCGUCACCAGCUGGAAAUUAUAGGGGUUCAGACAACUGAUGGUGGUACAUACACCUGCAAAGUGUCAAAUAUAGCUGGACAGGUGGACAGGACAUUUAGGCUGACAGUUCAUGUUCCACCUGCACUGGAUGGACCUUUGAGGGAGUCCAUUAAUUUCACCCUGGGCUCCCAUGUGGCCCUGCUGUGUGAGGCAUCAGGAGUACCUGUCCCCAGCAUCGUCUGGCUUAAAGAUGGGUCUCCUAUUGAGAGCAGUCUGCAGUGGCAAUGGGUCGUUCGGGGUAACAGGCUGGAACUGGGUCCUCUCAGUCUGGCUCAUGCUGGAACAUACACAUGUGUGGCCAAGAACAGUGAGGGACAAACACAGAAAGACUACACACUCACUGUGCAAGUAUCGCCCACCAUCCUGGGUUCUGACCAGCCAUCUGAUGUGGGUGCACCCAUGGGAGAAGAACUGACCCUGGAGUGCAGAGCAAGUGGAAUCCCCCAGCCCCGCCUCAGCUGGCUGAAAGAUGGACUGUCUUUAGAGGGAUCAGACACCCGUCACAUCUCUGUGACCCCUGAUGGCAGUACACUAACGUUACUGAGGCUGAGUCCUGAGGAUUCUGGGACAUACACUUGUUUGGCUGUCAGCUCAGCAGGCCGGGAAAGCAAAAUCUACACCCUAUUUGUUCUAGUUCCACCGUCUAUCUCUGGCGAGACCACAGUCCCCAAAGAGGUGCAGGUCACUCAGAACAGUGUUGUGACAUUAGAGUGCCAGGCAGAAGGAAACCCUCCACCUCAGAUCAGCUGGCUAAAGAAUGGGCGUCCAUUGCUACUCUCCCCUCGAACACGCCUUCUCUCUGGUGACUCUUUGCUGAGGAUUGCUCCUGUGCAGCUGUCUGAUUCAGGGGUUUACACAUGUGUGGCACGCAGUCGAGCUGGUCUUGCUGAGCUCAGCUAUGAUGUCCAAGUCCAAGUGCCCCCUGCUGUGGAUCAUGUUGAACCUGUGAAGCCAGUUACAGUCGUCCAAGGAUCUUUGGUGACAUUAACCUGUGAAGCGCGUGGCAUUCCCCCUCCCACACUGACUUGGAUGAAAGACGGUCAGCCACUGUCCCUUCAUCGCAACCUGCUGCUGGAUGGGCAGGAGACAAGGCUGCAGCUGCCAGAUGUGGCUCCUUCAGAUGCAGGCCUCUACAGCUGUGUGGCCAGCAACCAGGCUGGAAGCAGUACUCAGAGCUUCAACCUCACUGUGCUUGAACCUCCAAAGAUAACUUCCUCCAGCGCUCCAGAAGAAAUAACCACACCAGUAAACAGUCCGCUUGAGCUGGAGUGCUCUGCUGUAGGAGUCCCCCCUCCCACCCUCAGCUGGCUCAAGGAUGGUCACCCCUUAGAGGGAACUGACAUCAUUCAGCAGGAUGGACACUUUCUCCGGAUCAGUAAACUUCAGGUUGAGGAUGCAGGUCUAUACACCUGCUUGGCCAGCAGCCUAGCAGGAGAAGAUGGAAAAAACCACUGGGUCCGAGUCCAAGUCCCACCAACGCUGCUUGGCUCUGGUGAUGUGAGGACAUUGACUGUACCAGUUAAUGGGCAACUAACCUUAGAGUGCCUGGCUGACAGUGACCCCCCUCCUAAUAUAGAGUGGUACAAAGAUGAGGCCAAGCUGCAGUUUGGAGGUCGUAUCCAGCGGCUGGCAGGAGGGCAGUAUUUGGAGAUACAGGAAGUCAGGCCUGAGGACAGUGGCAAGUACAGCUGUGUGGUUACCAACAUGGCAGGAAGCAGCAGUCUCUUCUUCACUGUAGAGAUUCUCUUGCCGCCAGUAAUAAAGGAAAGCGGCUCUGUGGUGACUGUACAUACUGGUCAGGAUGCAGUUUUACCUUGUGAAGUUGAAGGCGACUCUUCGCCUGUGGUCAUGUGGAGGAAAGAUGGCUUCCCUGUGCCUAAAGAUAGCAUUAAGUACACUGCGUUAUCAGAGGGAUCCUUGCGUAUACACGGAGCUCAGUUGAAUGAUGCUGGUCGUUACUACUGCACAGUGUCUAACCAGGCUGGCUCAGAUCACCGGGGAAUGGAUCUUCGUGUAUUUGUGGGUCCUUCAAUCAGUCCAGGUCCAUUCAAUUUGACAGCAACUACUGGAGUUAGAGCAGUUCUGAGCUGUGAGACAACUGGUAUACCCCCACCUAAAGUAUCCUGGAAAAAGAAUGGGACUCCUCUUGAUGUUAGUCAGCAGUCUAGUGCAUAUAGGUUACUGUCCUCUGGCUCUCUGGUUCUUUUGUCUCCAUCCAGCGAGGAUGAAGGUUAUUUUGAGUGCACAGCAGUCAAUGAUGUUGGAGAGGAGCGCAGGGUCAUUGAAGUCAUCCUGCAAGUUCCACCAUCCAUUAAGGAUGACGUCACAACAGUGAAAGCUGUGAAGAUGUCUUCUGUGGUGUUGCCCUGUCAUGUACAAGGACGUCCUCAGCCAACAGUCACCUGGACUAAGGGUGGAUCUAAACUGAGCAUCAGAGGAGGAAGCUAUCGUGUCCUCCCCACUGGAGUAUUGGAGAUAACCGCUGCUUUGCCAAGCCAUGCUGGCAGAUACACAUGUUCAGCCCAUAACCCAGCUGGAGUGGCUCACAAACACAUCUCUCUCACAGUACAAGAACCACCAGAGAUCAGACCAAUGGCAGAGGAAGUACAAGUAGUGUUGCAUCAUGGAACUGUGCUUCCCUGUGAUGUCCAAGGCUUCCCCAGACCAUCAGUCACUUGGCAAAGAGAAGGAGUUCCCAUAGCAACAGGUCACCGGCUGGCCGUGCUUUCAAGUGGAGCUCUGAAGUUCUCUCGAGUGACACUUGGUGAUGCAGGGACCUACCAGUGCCUGGCAAAGAAUGAAGCCGGUGUUGCUGUAGCAAAAACCAAACUUGUCCUUCAAGUUCCACCAGUGCUGAGUGUGCCUCGCGUUGACUACACUGCUGUGUUAGGCCAGCCAGUUAGCCUGGAGUGUGUUGCUGAUGGGCAGCCUCAGCCUGAAGUUACGUGGCAUAAAGAGAGAAAACCAAUGGCUGAUGGUGCUCAUAUACGUGUAUUUGCCAAUGGAUCUUUGGCAAUUACGUCUGUCCAGCGCAGUGAUGCAGGGGUUUACACGUGUACAGCCAAAAACCUGGCUGGCAGGGCCAGUCAUGAUAUGCGGUUGCUUAUUCAAGUCCCACCCAUGAUUCCUCCUGCGCAGACAAAACUGUCAGUCAUUCAAGGAUUCCAGGCACUGCUGCCCUGUGCUGCUCAGGGUUCACCUGAACCUAAAGUGUCAUGGGAGAAGGAUGGUGCCACCGUGCCCAACCUUCCAGGCAAAUUCACAGUCCUGCGAUCAGGAGAGCUGAUUAUUGAGAGGGCAGAGCUUGGAGAUGCUGGAAUAUUCACAUGUGUAGCCACCAACCCUGCAGGCUCUGUAAGACAAGACAUCCACCUGUCUGUCAAUAUGAGGCCCGCCUUCAAAGAGUUGCCAGGUGAUGUAACCCUGAACAAAGGACAGAGCAUGAUUUUGUCUUGCCAUGCUCAGGGAACACCUACUCCCAUCAUCUCUUGGACUUUCAACAAUAAUCCCUAUAAAGGAGCCAGUGUAGAUGAGGCAGGCAGGAGCUCAGUCAUCAUAGAGAAUGUGACUUUGAGUGAUGCUGGGACCUACGUGUGCAUAGCAGAGAACAGUGUGGGCUCCAUCAGAGCACUCUCAUUUGUUCGUAUUAGAGAGCCUCCAGUCUUGAAGGGUGAAGCCCACAUGUCUCAAACAGCCAUUCAGGGUGGCUCUGCAAUGCUAGAUUGUCCAGUCCAUGGAGACCCUAGCCCUGUUCUCCGGUGGCUCAGAAAUGGAAAAUCUUUACCCCGACUCCUUCGAAUGCAAACUUUCCAUAAUGGAUCCUUGGUCAUUUACAGCAUUACUGCUGCAGAUGAAGGAGAAUAUAAGUGUUUGGCUGAGAGUGAAGCUGGAAAGGUUGAGAGGACGAUUACUCUCAAGGUUCAGAUCAAUGGAGGUUACUCAAACUGGGAGGAGUGGGGUCCAUGCAGCAGCACCUGCGGGCAAGGCUUCCAAGAACGAAUCAGACUAUGCAACAAUCCAGAACCAGCAAAUGGUGGCCGAUCUUGCAGUGGUCCAAGCAUCGACUCUAGAAAAUGUCAGACUGGCCUGUGUCCAGGUGAGAUCCCACGCAAGACCAGAGGCAGCCUGAUAGGAAUGGUAAAUGAAAGAGAGUUUGGCGUGUCCUUCUUGGAGGCCAACAUUACCGACAAUGAGGAAGAGGGCAGCAGCAUUCUACAGGCACGCCUGGACAACAUCCCUCCCACCGUGGGUCCUCUGCUGCGGGUACUAGUGUCUGUUUUUACUCCCAUUUAUUGGACCACUGUACUGCAGAGCGGAGAAGCCAGAAAUGGCUACUCUUUCACAGAGGGCCAGUUCAGGCAGGAAUCUCAGCUGGAGUUUGAAACAGGGGAGAUUCUUCGUUUAACCCACGUUGCCAGAGGUGUGGAUUCUGAAGGAGUUCUGUUGAUUGACAUUGUAAUUAAUGGAUUUGUUCCUCCAUCAUUAUCAUCAUCUCAUCUGAGUCUCCAGGAGUUUGAUGAGUCAUACGUGCAGACAGGCCAAGGGCAGCUGUACUCAUGGUCAUCUCAGACCCACAAGAGAGGAGGAAGCCCCAUGGUGCUGCGCUGUAAUCAUACUGUCAUUUACGAGGGCCAGGAGGAGCGCCAGGGCCCUGUUCUCCAGCUGCUCAAGCUCUCCGGGAUAAACAGUGUCUACAACAUGUUUACUCUUACUUUGGACUUCCAUAUCACUGCCAGCCUCCUAGUACCAGAUGGUUAUGAAGACACAUGCCCUAAAGGUUUCAUUCUUGACACCACCUCCUACUGUGCUGACAAAGAUGAAUGUGCACUGCAGUCCCCCUGCUCACAUUCAUGUAACAACAUCAUGGGAGGCUUUACUUGUGCUUGUCCAUCUGGCUUCACCAUUUCUACAGAUACCAACACAUGUCAAGAUAUUGAUGAGUGCUCCCAAGGCUCCCAUAUGUGCCACUACAACCAGCAGUGUGUAAACACAGUGGGUACAUACCGCUGCCAGGCCAAGUGUGGGCCAGGAUUUAAACCCAGCAUCACAGGAACCAGCUGUGAAGAUGUGGAUGAGUGCCAGGAGUCUGCCAUCUCCCCGUGCCAGCAUCAGUGCCUCAAUACUCUGGGUUCCUACCGCUGCAUCUGCCAUCCAGGAUACCAGCUGUCUGGACAUCGCUGUAUAGACAUCAACGAAUGCAUGAGAAAUGUAUGUCCGGCUCAUCAGCAGUGCCGUAACACAGAGGGAGGAUACCAGUGUUUUGACAGCUGCCCAGCAGGAAUGACCACAGCAGAGAAUGGAGCCUGCGUGGAUAUUGAUGAGUGCCAGGAUGGGAGUCACAUGUGUCGCUACACUCAGAUCUGUCAGAACACAGUUGGAGGUUAUGGUUGUGUUUGUCCCAGAGGUUACAGAUCCCAGGGAGUAGGGCUUCCAUGCUUGGACAUUGACGAAUGUCUGCAAACACCAAACCCAUGUGCCUAUCAGUGCCGGAACGUCCCUGGCAGCUUCAGGUGCCUGUGCCCUCCUGGGACUGUGGUGCUUGGGGAUGGGCGCUCCUGUGUGGGUCUGGAGAGAGGGCAGACCUUCACCAAUGGUACCAGAGUCAGGGCAAGACUCCGCCCACAGCUGGUAUCGUCCCUUGGCAGGCCAAUCCUUUCUCGUUCUAAUGGAGUGUCUCGGAUUACUAGACAGAGCUGUCCUGUUGGGUACACCAACAGAGAUGGUGCUUGUGUCGAUGUGGAUGAGUGUCUGCUCAGGAAGCCAUGCCAACAUGAGUGCCACAACACCAUUGGCAGCUUCCAGUGUUCGUGCCCCCCAGGAUAUCAGCUCCUGCCCAAUGGCAGAAGCUGUAAAGACAUUGAUGAGUGUGUGGAACAAGGCAUAAAGUGCGGACACAAUCAGAUGUGUUUUAACACCAGAGGGGGAUACCAGUGUCUGGAUACACCGUGCCCUGCAUCCUACCAGACUGGAGGAAGCCCUGGGACCUGCUACAGGCCCUGCUCUAUGGACUGCACCACAGGAGGCCCCCUUUUGCUCCUGCAGUACAAGCUGCUCACUCUUCCCUCCGGCAUACCAGCCAAUCACAAUGUGGUACGACUAUCAGCAUUUUCAGAAUUAGGAAUCCUGCAAGAGCGUACUUCCUUUACAAUACUAGAGCAAGAAUCAGAGUCCGGUGUGAUGGGCCGUGUGUUUGGUAUCAGAGAUGAGGCCGGCAGGGGGAUCAUCUUCACUCUGCGAGUUCUGGAUAGACCAGGACUGGUGCGGCUCAAGGUGCAGGCCACCACUAUCUCACCACAGGGUCGCAUUACCUACCAAAGCAUCUUCAUCAUCUAUAUCUCCAUCUCAGCAUACCCCUACUGAUCCCAAAUGCUGCUUUACAAAUAACUCUGUCCCCCAGUGGCCUUCUAAUGCCUCUCCUCCUCAAGGUACACCACAAAAACCUUCACCUUAAAGAAAUUACACUGCAAAGACUAAUACACAAGUUAAGGUGGACAUGGUUAGUAAGUGGAGUUUGUGAAAAUAUGCAUCCUGAUUUGUGACUGAAACAUAACGGGGAAAAGUACGAACAUUUUAUAUAUAUAUAUAUAUAUAUAUAUAUAUAUAUAUAUAUAUAAACAAGUCUUCUCUUUUUAAUGUUGCUUUUUGUGAUUUGAUCACACAUAUGAGCAUCCAG